UGAUCAGCUGAUGGCUCUCUGUUUUUAGAGUGUUCGUUAGGACGGUCAACACGUGGGGAGGAGAGACAAGAGACACACACGAAGAGGGGGGGCACAUUGGGAUAGUGCUGGGCUUUGAACACGUAACAUUAAUAUUAUACGGUGGCGGUGCGAGGGACGCAUAAACACAGUAUAGCUGCUAGGGUCCAGAGGAGAUGCCACUGAGGUUCCGGUCCUUUGUUUCGUAUACGCUUCCUGGAGUGCUGGCGCUCAUAGGCUGGUGGUGGUACAUCUCCCGCAAGAAAGAGCGAAUCACCAGCCACGAAAGUGAGGAGGGGUCAGUAAUGGGCUUGCGAACCUCCUCUGGUGAGGGCAGCAAUGGGAUGGUUGACAAGAGCUGCCCUGCAGCCAGCAGCACACACCGCAGAACCAGCCGAGACCGAGUCAAGGCCAAAGAGCACAGACCUGUUGAGCAGGAAGUUAUAGCAGAGAUUCACAUGCCAGUCCUAAAAGCCACUGCGGGAGAGGCUCUCGGCACCCCUCCAGUUGUGUUGGCCGGUGGAAAGCUAAGCGCUCCUCAGAGUGGUGCAAAAUCAGCCCCCCUAGAGAUCCACCCAGGCGCAACAACCCCUGUGUCAUCUUCAACCCCAACAAAAACAGUGGAUGAGAGCACUCAUCAAAAAGGACCAGAGGCUGCCAUUGGCAGCAAUCCCUCAAGCCAGUUACCGCCAGAUUUAGCAAGCACUGGUUUAGUCAAGAAGCAGGUCGAAAUCCAACCACUAAGUAAGCAGCAUCCUGCAGAGCUAGCCAAAGCAGUGCGACCUGAACCUGAAGGAGAGGUGGCGGCUGAAACCUUGCCACCAACUUGCAAUCAGAAGUUGUCGACUUCAAAAGAUGAGUUGGCCUCCGCUACAUCAUCAACUGAGGGUGAGGCUGUCUUGCUGGACACCUGCAGCCCAAAAACACCACUGACUCUGACCCCUUUCCCCAACUCCACCAGCACACCCCUUGCAGAAAGCUCCAACGAGGCUCAGCACCAUGUAAACGGAGACCUGGCCUUGCCAGCCGAGACCAGUCCAGACAUACAGGAGCUCCAGCGUCUCGCGGCAGGGCUGAUCACUGAGGUGAUCUCGGCAGCCACCCAGGAGGUCAUGGCAGUCAGCAGCUGUGAGUCCCGGUACAGCAAGGGCUCUGAAGCGGCCAACACCAGCAUGCCAGCUGUAAAUGGUAAGGAAGUGGAGUCGUAUGUACCUCCAGGAAGUGUUGAAAGCGGCGAGUCGCGGGCGGUGCAGAUAGCAGAAGACAUCGUCAAUGGUUGUCUGGUGCCUUCGCUCUGGAAAAUCCCAGAGAAUGAGAAGGAAAGAGGCUUGUUGACUGUGUCUUCUGGGGAAAAGUUGGAGUCCACGCCGGUUCUGGCCAAGCUGCAGGCAGAGGAAGCUCUAGUGGAAGACUCAGGAUGUAGCACAUGCCAGUCCGAGGAUGGCAUCAGCAGCGAGGAUCUCCAUAGCACAGGGUUGUCCUCGAAUGUGUCUGAAAGUAAAGAGGACCUCAUUCAAAUUUCAGGGACUUGCAGGGCCUCAGAGGGUCAAGGAGAUGGACUGCAGGAGAGUCUCGCUGUAAUUGCCCCUCAGGAGUCCCCACUUACCGCGGAAAACGUGGCUACAGUUUGUGAGGCAGCACAGUUGAAUGGAAAGGGCUUUAGGAAUGGUGCUGCUAUUGAAGUAGAAGCUGACCAAUCAGGAGGGUCAGAUGUGAAUAGCAUGGAUUCAGUGGACAGUUGUUCAACCUUGGGGACGGGAGACAGUCAGCGGAGUGGCAGCCAGACCUGUCAAUCACAGAGCUCGGAGCUUAUUGUGUGGGAGAUUGAGGUGCCAAAGCAUUUAGUGGGACGGCUAAUUGGCAAACAAGGAAGAUACGUGAGCUUUCUGAAGCAAAGCUCCAGUGCUAAGAUUUACAUUUCAACCCUGCCUUAUACUCAAGAGUUUCAGAUCUGCCAUAUAGAGGGAACCCAGCAGCAGGUAGAUAAGGCGCUGGCCUUGAUUGGGAAGAAGUUCAAAGACUUGGACCUUACCAACUUGUACGCCCCACCUCCCCCACCGCUUACGCUGCCCUCUCUGCCUAUGACGUCCUGGCUUUUAUUGCCCAAUGGGGUGACAGUGGAGGUGAUUGUGGUGAACAUUGUAUCAGCCGGUCACCUGUUUGUCCAGCAGCACACUCACCCUACGUAUCACGCCCUGCGCAGUCUGGACCAACAGAUGUUCCUGUGCUAUUCCCAGCCCGGGACACCACCCUUGCCAUCGCCUGUCGAAGUUGGAGUGAUUUGUGCGGCCCCAGCUGUAGAUGGAGCCUGGUGGCGAGCGCAGGUCAUCUCUUUCUACAAAGAUUCAACUGAAGUGGAAAUCCGAUAUGUUGAUUAUGGCGGCUAUGACAAAGUCAAGAUUGACACCCUUCGACAGAUCAGGUCGGACUUCGUGACAUUACCGUUCCAAGGAACAGAAGUCUUAUUGGACAACAUUGCCCCACUUCCAGGAGAGGAUCGGUUCUCAGCGGAGGCCAAUUCUGCACUGGAAGAGAUGACGAGAGGAGUUCCAUUACUGGCACAAGUCACCAACUACGACAAUAAUACAGGACUUCCUUUAGUACACAUGUGGAACAUGGUGGGAGAGGAGCUUGUCCUGCUCAACCGCACUUUGGCAGAGCGAGGUUAUGGCACUUGGGUGGACAGUUUCUGAUCCUCCAGAACUCCCUCGCGCUCCUCUCCUCACUCACCUCGUGGCCCACCUGCCCCUUUAUCAUCACCACUCAUCAUGAAUAUCUGCGGGUUCUGUUCUCCUCACCCCAUCGUGUCCUCCACCACCUUCUACCUGAAGUGCGCAUCGCUGGCUCCAGGAGUUUCUUUUUUUAGUUUUUUCUUUUUGUCCUCCCCAUCCUGCAUUUUUCCCAUUUAUUUUUUAUUUUCUAUCCCCUUCCAUUAAAAAAAAAUAUCAAUACUGUAUGAAAGGAAAAAACUAAGAGUCAAGUGUCAAUGACCGAUCAACCAAUAAGGACUGAAGUUUUCCUGACUCUUUGCUGUUGUAAAUUUAAAAUAUAACUAAAUAAAGGUUAAUCAUUGUUUUCCGUCCGAUCAGACUCCUUACAGCACAAAAACCGACUGUGGAUUAUCAUGCCAUGGAUACGAAAUCUGUAUAAUUAAAAAAAAGUACCUUUCAGGAGAUGACUAUGGUGCAGUUAAGAUUCAACCAUGUUGUUGCUGACGUAAUCUUGGGACAUGAGACAUCAUGUUUGCAUUUACACUAUCAUGGAUUUAUCCUAGUGUUUCACUGUCCAGUCGGAUGGGUUUUAGAAAGCUGACCUGUAGAUAUGGGUACAGAUCUAUCUCCAUGUCUGUCUGUACAACAGUGUGGUUUUAGAGGGUGAUACGCAGCCCAUCUCGUGAUUUCCCUCUUCACCACACUCUGGAUCUAUAGGACUCCCAACAACCUUCAGCAUCAAUAGGCCUGACGCCAAGAGUCACUUCAUUUAUUUCACUGAUUACGGUCUUUUAACCCAGGAGAUGUAUGUGCCCUACUGACCUCUGGGCCAUUAUAGGAAAGACUAUGCUGAGUCUUCAGCCCUACAAGGACGCUACAUUUCGAAUGGUGCUGCUACAGAAGACAAAAGGGCGUUCUUAACGCUGAAUACUGACCUGUGGGGACACUAAAUAAAUGACUACAAAAACCAGAACAGUACUGUGUGACGGGGACAGCAGGGCACUCCCAUUCUGAAUGGAUGAACUGCAUUCAAUGGGUCUGUGUGUUUUUGUAUGCAUGUAAUUUUGCUCCAAAGCACCUCGAUUCACAUGUCUUAUUAUCAUUUGUGUAAUGGGCCACUGGCUUAUGUUUCACUCAAGAUCCGUUUUGCAAUAACGUCACAUCUAGUAGACCCAUUGCCAUUAAUGCCUCUUUGCGUUCUGUAAAUAACUUUGUACACUGUCCAAACCCAGAAACCCACCCAAUUGGCUAUAAGAGAAGUUGACAAUACAUCUACCUGUCUUGGAGAAGAUAAAAAGCUUUAAGCAUUAUCCAUUGCUUUUUUAUGUUGGUUUUACAUUGGAUGAAACUAGGUCUGCUUUAUUACUGUAUAAUUUGUUCAAGAAUAAUGGCACAGAGAUUAAUAUUCCUCUUUUUGUAUCUUGUCAUUGAUCAUGCUCUUUCAGUCAUUUUAAUGGCUUUUUUGGCCAGAAAGGCUUGUCCCUUUUUCAGCUGCUGAAUUAUUGCUAAUCUAAUACUGUUGGACUGAAUGUCUAAGGUCGUCCUCGCGUGAGACGCUUCGAGGCUUUUAGCUUGGCGUAAUGGGUUUUUUGAUUGUUAGCUCUACAGUUGUUAGCCUCGAAAUGUCUUGAUAAACUUUCCACCGUCUCAACAAUAAAUAAAAGCUCCCCCGUUUCUGCAUAUAUUUGCCUUCACCAGAACAAUUCUGGAUUAAAAACCGAAAAUAUAGAUUUUUACACUUCUUUUGAAGUGAUAAUUCAUUACACACUGCUCUUUUAGCGGUAGUAUAAUCCGCUAAGUAUGAGAACUGACAGCGUCGGAAAGUUCAGUCAGAUGUAGUCGUUUGUGAGGGGCAUUGCACGGUUUUUCACUAGUAUGCUACGAGGUUUUUCUGCAAUAUUUCCUUCACAAGCUCCCGUUUCUGUACUGUCCUGCGUUCAUCUCAGGUAUGAGCUUUUUAUUUUUUAACUUUCUGUGUUUGUGGAGAAUUAUUAGUCAUAUUCCUUCAGGAAUUGAUGUCGUUGACCUGUGUGAACGUGCGCGGCCCUGUAUAGGUCUGCCUGCUAUAGCAGGUGAAUAAAUAAGGAACCACACCGACCUCAGAGCCGAAACGUUUUAUUGUUCAAGUCUGAUUUACUUUUGUUUUUUAAUCAAGUACAAUUACUCUUGGCAUAAGCUCAUAUCUUGACUGACAUGGCCUCCUACCACAAGUUCAAAUGUGUCCAACUACCUGUCCAGUUUGUUUGUGUGUGUGUGUAAUAUAUAUAUAUAUAUAUAUAUAUAUAUAUAUAUAUAUACACACACGAUGUGUACAAAAAAAGUGUAGGAAACAAAAGGGAACAUUAUUUUUUUCACUCUCUCCCACCUUCCAAAGUCUGCUCACUUGUUCUCUGUUGGUAGGAAUGAGGUUUGCUUGGCUAGACAAUUAAUCAUUUGAUUAUGUAAAUGAGUGUAAGAAGUCCUACAUAGUACAGGUCAGUUUUUGCCAGACUCAUUAAAAGGUUUGAUUCUUUGUUUGUACAGAUCUAUUGAAAAAAAGAAUAAAGUUCUAAAAAAUA